GCGCGCGCCGCGGCCGCGAACGCCGGCGAUUCUGCCGCGCCUCGGGAUCGUGGCUGGUACAACCCCGAUAGGAGGAAGGGGAGAAAUCGACCCCCGAAGCCCUACCGUCGAUGGUUUGAGGCCGAGGGCGAUCGAUCCCUGUCCAGUUCCAAAGGAGAUUCCUUUCUGCUCAUUUCAUAUAAUAUUCUCGGAGACAACAAUGCUUUCAACCACCGUGACCUUUAUUGGAACAUUCCCUGUGACAUUAUGAAGUGGAAUUCAAGAAAAGGACUAAUUUGUCGGGAAAUCAUUCAUUGGAAUGCUGAUUUAGUUUGUCUGCAGGAAGUAGAUAGAUACGAGGACAUCUUAGUUCAUAUGAAACGGAAAGAAUAUGCUGGUUGCUACAAGGGGCGAUCUGGAGAUGCAAAAGAUGGAUGUGCUAUAUUUUGGAAAGAAAAGCGGUUCCGUCUACUUGAGGAAGAAAGCAUCGACUUUAGCAGUAUUGGGCUUCGUAAUAAUGUUGCUCAACUCCUUGUUUUUGAGGUUGAUGAAGCUAGUAAGUUAGUUGUUGGAAACAUCCAUGUAUUAUUUAAUCCCAAGCGUGGGGAUAUUAAGUUGGGUCAGAUCCGCAUGUUUUUGUUGAAAGCAGAUGCUCUUUCAAGAAAAUGGGAUAGUAUUCCUAUUCUACUUGCUGGUGAUUUUAACAGUACACCUGAUAGUGCAAUCUACAAGUUUUUGUCAACCUCAGAGCUCAAUAUAUCUGAACAUGAUAGAAGGCAUUUAUCUGGGAUGGAUAACUGCCAGUUUGGUCUAUAUGCCUUUCCAAGCUUUUUGAAGUUCAAAUGGACAAAUGAUGAAGUGAGAAACGCAACAGGUUAUUCAAAAAGCGAGCAAGUUAAACAUCCAUUGAAGUUGCGGAGUUCUUAUGCAACUAUCCAGGGAAAUGCCAGGACUAGGGGUCCUCAAGGCGAACCAUUAGCUACUUCGUAUCACUCGAAGUUUCUUGGAACUGUUGAUUAUAUCUGGUACUCAACUGGACUUGAAUGUAGAAAGGUCCUAGAUACGCUGCCUAUUGACACAUUAAGGAAGACUGGGGGUCUACCAACCAAGGAAAUGGGAAGUGAUCACUUGGCGCUGGUUGCUGAAUUCGUCUUUACAGAACCCAGCGAGUUAGAUCACCCACACUCAACUGACGAUUCAGCAGAAGAAGAGACUAUAAUCAGCAAAUCUGUAUAAGCUUUUUAUUGUUGCAAAAGAGGAAAAGAAAAUUCAGUCAACUUAGGUGGAAAAGCGGCAGAAGAGAAAAGUUGGAUGAGGGAAAAAGCAAUGCGGAGCCUGCAAAGAAAAACAGGAUUUCUCCUACCGCGUGUCUGGAGGAGCUUCUUCUGCUGUAUAUUUAUAUUUCUGGAACAUAUCUGUGCUGUAAUAUCAGUAUGAAUUUUAAGAUUACAGUAAAUGUAUUUAUUGUCCUCCGCGUCAUCGCAAUACAAUGUAUUUUGCAAACAAAGCAAACUCAUUGUAAGGAGGCAUAACACGAAGGAUAAGGAUUAAUUUAUUGCAAUC